UGUUGAUUACUGUUCGUUUGAAUUUUUGCCAGCCACUUCAAUGUUUAACUUAAUUUAAACAGGGGAGCCCAUCCUUAUCCAUUGUAGAUCAGUGGUUAUUAUAGCUUUCUAGAUGUCUCGCUGGUGGGGUGCUCUGCGGGGAGGAAGUGAUGCAGGGAAAAUUCCCUUAAUAUCCACAUAAGGGCGAAACACAAAGAAUCUGUAAGCCUUUCGUACUGGUUCAUCUGAGUUGUUUGAUUUAGCAGUCAAUUUAAAGUAGAAGUCAGUCGUUUAGGGCGGUUGUUUGCAAACCAGGUGCGUUCUUAUCAGGCAAAAGUCAACUGAAACACUCGGUUUUGUUUAUGAUGCUGACUAGCUAACGUUAACUAGCUUUUUAGCUAUGUGGGGAUGUUUGUUUGUGUCGUGUCCUAAGCUAGCAAGCUAACGUUUUGUUUUACUAGCUAAUGUUAUUGGAGUGAUGUACGCGAUUUUCCAGACAAUCAUUUAUUUUUAAAAGCAAGUAAACAAACUGAAUCUACACGUGGGAGAACAACACCCCUGUAUGACAUUAUGCUUAUGGUGACAAGAUGGUGUAUGUCAUUCAGCGUUGCGGAUGUCAAGGUCACUACAAUGGAGCAGAAAAAGAUGACACCUUCAUCUAGAGUUGUCAAUGCAUUCUGAGGAAGUGUCUGUAAGUAUUUAUCAGCACCAACCCAUUUCUUGCUCUAUCUCCGAACUAUUCUUGUAGGGUAUUGUGUAGGCUAGUAGUAUGUAUGAGCCGGACCACUUCUAAUUGUUUUAUCUUGUGGUUUCUAUGGUUAAAACAUCUUGUUGUCUCUAAGUAUUUUAGUCUGUGUUUCGAUGAUAACCCAUGCUGUAUAAGGCUCCUCUCUAUAAGUGUUUCGUACUUAUACAGCCCUUCAGUUUGAUUUGGACCCCCCCUCCUCUCCAUGGUACAGUACCAGCUUCUAUGGUACCAGGGCCAGGCUUCAAAAAGCUGCCAGGCACUCCACCUUUCUUCGUUGGUGGUGAUGUAGCCUACUGUAUGAACUUCAUAUGUUUUUCUAACUUUAGCAUUUAGUGGUCAUUUUCUCUAGUAAUUAUUACCUCAGUGUUGUGGCUUUUGACCCUUCGUGACUCGCAGCUUUGUUGAUCCAGUGAUUCAUUGUCACUUUUAUUGCUGACUCUGUGUGACUGUGUUGGACUCCUACUCCAUCUCAGGGCCCAAGGGCAUGUUGAGACAUCUCACCAGGCCAGAGCAGAGGCGUCUAGGUGGGGCAGGCAGGGCCUGAAGGAGGGGAGGACAGACCGUGAGGACCAAAGAGAGCGACAUGGGCCAGUGUGUCACCAAGUGUAAGAACCCAUCGUCCUCGCUCGGCAGCAAGAGUGGCGACAAGGAGCCUGGGUCCAAGUCCCACCACAAGAAAUGCGGGGGCACGGGAGGCAGUGGGGGAGGAGGGCACAAGGACGAGCCCAGCGCCCUGAGCAGGAAGGCCUCCAGUGAGCUCAUGUUCAAUGGCACCAAGAAUGCCUUGGAGGUUACCGUGGAGACCACGGUGAUCCCCACAUCGGCUAUGAUGGGGGAACUGAGGAAUGAGGAGCACUCGGUGGCAGACCGGGAGGGGCCGUCCUUGCUGCGCAUCGAGGAGCUUUUCUGCUGCUACAAGGACCCGCAGGAGGAGUCUAUCUUGGAGGAGGGCAUGGAGAGGUUCUGCAAUGACCUGUACGUGGACCCCGCCGAGUUCCGUGUGCUGGUCCUCGCUUGGAAGUUUCAGGCGGCCACCAUGUGCAAAUUUACAAGGAAGGAGUUUGUAGACGGAUGCAGGGCGAUCAAGGCGGACAGUCUCGAGGGCAUCUGCUCCCGGUUCCCCUUCAUGCUGCUGGAGGCGCAGGGCGAGGAGAACUUCAAGGAGCUGUACCGCUUCACCUUCCAGUUCGGCCUGGACGCUGAGGAAGGCCAGCGCUCACUGCAGCGUGACAUUGCCAUUGCGCUGUGGCGCCUGGUCUUCACGCAGGACACGCCAGCCAUCCUCGAGCACUGGCUUGACUUCCUGGGCGAGAACCCGUCAGGUGUGCGGGGCAUCUCGCGGGACACCUGGAACAUGUUCCUCAACUUCACACAGGCCAUCGGGCCGGACCUGAGCAACUACAGCGAGGACGAGGCCUGGCCAAGCCUCUUUGACACCUUUGUAGAGUGGGAGAUGGAGCGCAGGAGAAAGGAAGAGCAGUUAAAGAAGGCAGAGGAGGAGGACAGGGGAUGCACUGAGACUGAUGAGAGCUCUCCCUCCAGCACAGACAGACUUGAAACAGAGGGCGGACGGGGCUCACAGACCUGGGGGGGGCACUGACUACAGGACUAUAGAAUUCUGGGAAGGGAGGUUGGGGUGGGCGUAGUCUGACAUAAGUGAACUGUACAUCUGUGAAUCAAUGGAUGACAAAUUGGUAUUACCAUUACUGUUAUUCCUCUCUCUCCUUUUCUGUUGGGGUGGGCUGGGAUUCGCUUACACCCUGCUUUAUUUCUGGUUAAUGAAAGGGCUCAAAUAACUAUUGUUUUAGCACUUCUAUUUAAGUUAUUUGUUUUAUUUUAUUUUUCUUGAAUGUGUGUUUUUGGUCAUUUGGACAUGUGGUCCAUUUUAAUCUUUCCCCACCCUCCCUAAACUCACAAAGAAAGCUCAGUAUAUAAGUUUGCUUUAAAAGCCAGGUGCCAGAAAGCCAUACACCUUCCCAAGUCUCAUAUUUUUACAGCUUACAUUGACCUGGAAACACUGGUGAUUUGACCUCUCACCCAAAGACGCAGGCCUAAUUAAAUUCUCAUAUUACAUUAAGGGAAAUCUAGUUGUCCGCAAAUAACACCUUAUUACCAGAUCCUGAGCUUUACCUUUUGGGGUCAGUGAAAUCAACUUGAUUUUAAUUUUAAUUGCAUGAAAUGUGGACUAUUUAAAGGGUUCUGUUCUUGGCCUAUCUAUCUAUUGCCUGUAGUUGUGAUGGCCAACCAUGAUUUGUUCAAAGAUGUGGUCGUACUCGAGCGUGCAUAAUGUCCUAAGACUAAACAUUUAUUUGACAGUGACAAUACCAAUUACUUCCUAGAAUUUUUAUUUUAUUUAUCUAAAUUAAAAAGUGUUUAAGGUAUAUACAGUGCAUUUGGAAACUAUUCAGACCCCUUCACUUUUUCCACAUUUUGUUACAUUUUGCCUUAUCCUAAAAUGGAUUAAGUUAAUUUUUGUCCUCUUAAUGACAAAGCAAAAAACGUUGUAGAAAUUUUAGCAAUUUGAUUACAAAUAAACAAAUGCCUUAUUUACAUAAGUAUUCAGACCCUUUGCUAUGAGACUCUAAAUUGAGCUCAGGUGCGUCCUGUUUCCAUUGAUCAUUGAGAUGUUUCUACAACUUGAUUGGAGUCCACCUGUGGUAAAUUCAAUUGAUUGGUCAUGAUUUGGUAAGGCACACACCUGUCUAUAUAAGGUCCCACAGUUGACAGUGCAUGUCAGAGCAAACACUAAGCCACGAGUUCGAAGGAAUUGUCUCUAGAGCUCCGAGACAGGAUUGUCGGCACAGAUCUGGUAAAGGGUACCAAAAAAUGUUUGCAGCAUUGAAGGUCCCCAACAACAGUGGCCUGCAUCAUUCUUAAAUGGAACAAGUUUGGAACCACCAAGACUUUCUAGAGCUGGCCGCCAUGCCAAACUGAACACUUGGGGGAGAAGGGCCUUGGUCAGGGAGGUGACCAAGAACCCAAUGGUCACUCUGACAGAGCUCUAAAGAUCCUCUGUGGAGAUGGGAGAAUCCUUCCAGAAGGACAACCAUCUCUGCAGCAUGCCACAAAUCAGGUCUUUAUGGUAGAGUGACCAGACAGAAUAUGAACAGAGCAAAGUACAGAGGGAUCCUUGAUGAAAACCUGCUCCAGAGCGCUCAGAACCUCAGAUUGGGUUGAAGGUUCACCUUCCAACAGGACAAUGACCCUAAGCACACAACCACGACAACGCAGGAGUUGCUUUGGGACAAGGCUCUGAAUGUCCUUGAGUGGCCCAGCCAGAGCCUGGACUUGAAACCGAUCAAACAUCUCUGGAGAGACCUGAAAAUAGCUGUGCGGCAACUCUCCCCAUCCAACCUGACAGAGCAUGAGAAGAUCUGCAGUGAAGGUGCUUCAACAAAGUACUGAGUAAAGGGUCGGAAUACUUAUGUAAAUUUUAUACUUCAGUUUUAUUUUUAUAAAUUAGCAAAAAUGUCUGUUUUUUCUUUGUCAUUUUGGGGUAUUGUGUUUAGCUUGGGGGGACGACAAUUGAAUUAUUUUAUAAAAAUAAGGCUGUAACGAAAUGUGGAAUAAGUGACGGUCUGAAUGCACUGUACCAAUAAGUCCUUUCAAAUGUCAAGUUGAUUUCUUCGAAAACGAUCCCACUCUUUUAUGCUCUCUUCUGCUCAUUGAGUGCUCUAGACUGCAGUAGUGUUUUAGCUUAUUCUAACUAACAACCAGGGCUUGGUUCCAUUUUGGUCCCUAGCCCCUGUCCCUUUUAGUGUUCACAGAUCCCAAAUGACUGGACGCAUCUAAGCGAUAUGGUUUUGGCCUGUGGACUUAUGCCUAUAGCUUUCACAUCUAUUUCUUUCAGAUCUGUGAACACCCUAGAGUAGGUAGGUGUUACGGGUUGGCCCUGGUCUUGUGCAAACAGAAGGUGGCUGUACCUGGGCUACAUUCAGGACUGUCACGUUGGGGCGUUACACAAAGCUUUUGUCUCGUUUACCUUACCAAGUUUUCAACAAUCUUACACCAUUGGACAGCUAUUCACUCUAGUUUUGUGAGCAUGUCAAGAAUGUGUGUUGGCUGCUAGUGACCGUUGUGUUAAGUGCACAAAACACAAUAGUCCUCCUAGUCGCCAUGCUUGUAAUGCUCUCAUGCAUUUAUGUCUGCAACACUCGGUUCUAAACCAUUCACAACUGUUGAAUGAACUUGGACAUAGCCCAGGCCUUUUGGUGACAGUGAAUCGUUGACCAGGUGUAUUGGCUCAUUGAGUGUCUGUAACUAGGUCAGGUGGUGCCCUUCUUGUGAGGUUUACAUUUACAAUGGUUUCAUUUCAGAUCCCUUUGCCUUUUUUAUAUAAAAUGCAUUGAUUUAUAAUGAAUAAAACAGUGUUCAACUUUU